UGAUUCUCCUCCCCCUCUCACGGCCCUCCCUCUGCAUGCCAGGACCGGCUCUUUCUCCUGAUUUAGAUUUUGCUCUGCAUGCGGGGACUGGAGUGCAGCUGAAGUAUGCUCUAGUCAGGCCAGCUCCGCCACCGAAAACCCCUUUGUCUCACUCAGCCACCCGACUGAGCAGCGGGACCCCGACAUGGACCCUCUGACGGAGAGCCCCUUUAUGGAGGAUGAAGGACUAUCCAUGAAGAGGACAGGUCCUCUGCAAGAUCCCGACUCAGAUGCGUAUGCCAAGUUUUUCAUGAGUCACUGCUGCUACGAUGCCAUUCCAACCAGCUCCAAAUUGGUCAUUUUCGACACAACGCUGCAGGUGAAGAAAGCAUUUUUUGCACUGGUUGCAAAUGGUGUGAGAGCUGCGCCUUUAUGGGACAACAAGCUGCAGUGUUUUGUAGGAAUGCUUACCAUUACAGACUUUAUCAACAUUCUCCAUCGUUACUACAAAUCUCCUAUGGUACAGAUCUAUGAGCUGGAAGAACACAAGAUUGAGACAUGGAGAGAGGUCUAUCUGCAGUGUUCUCUCAGGUCCCUGGUCAGCAUCACACCUGAAUCCAGCCUCUUUGAAGCCAUUUACUCUUUACUGAAGCACAAGAUUCAUCGCCUGCCCAUCAUAGAUCCAGAAUCGGGGAACGUCCUCCACAUACUGACCCACAAACGUAUCCUCAAGUUCUUGCACAUCUUUGUAAGAGCUUCUGUUAUUCUCCAAAAUGAGUUUCAUGUUGAGAGUGGCAAUAUCUUGACCAAAUAUAUGUUUUGUAAAUCACAGGGCUCCAUGAACCCAAAGCCACAGCUCUUACAGAAGCGGAUUGAGGAAGUUGAAAUCGGUACUUUCAAGAGCAUCGCGACUGUCAGGGAGACGGAAACUGUUUAUGAUGCUCUAUCAAUAUUUGUAGAGCGACGGGUCUCCGCCCUGCCCGUCGUCAAUGAGCAAGGGAAAGUAGUGGCACUGUACUCCAGGUUUGAUGUCAUUAAUUUGGCUGCGCAGAAAAACUACAACAAUCUGAACAUGACAAUGCGGGAGGCCCUUCAGAGCUGUAGUGGCUGUAUUGAGGGUGUGCUGAAAUGUUAUCCUCAUGAAACUCUUGAAAUCAUCAUUGAUCGCAUCGCUGAGGCAGAGGUUCACCGUCUGGUGUUAGUGGACAAAGAGGAUGUGGUGAGGGGCAUCAUCUCGCUCUCUGAUUUGCUUCAGGCGUUGGUGUUGACUCCUGCAGGUGUUGAUGCACUCUUCUCUUGACACCUGUGGAGGAAUUCCUUCUUUACCACCAGCUUGAUUGAAAUCCCUCCUCACAACAGAAAUUGACUGAGCCUUGAAGAUGUGAAUGAUCGAAGACUGAAAGUGUAAAUAUUUUGUAAACGUUGCUAGCACCUUGGGAUUUGAUGUAUCACUUAAAGUGUUGUUUUGCAAUAUUAGUUGUAUAUUUGUAUCAUUUUUAUUUUUAAGGAACUGCCAAAUAAUCAUUUGAAUUGUGCUAGUUUUAUGUCGGUAUAAAAGUACACUGCAGACAUUUUGUAACAUACUGUUUAACAAUGCCAAUGCGGCAAAAAUCUUUCAAAACCUUUUUGUCAAAACUCCUGAUCCUCACAUUAAAAACAGAUCAACUGUUA